UGACGUCGCGGACGGGACGCCGCUGUCAGGCGGCUCCGGGGGAGGCCCGGCCGGCUGUGACCCCCCCCCGAGGACCCCUGGAGCAGCAACACCCAGUCCAUGAGGGCCCCGCGCACAGGUGGCCGGCGCGGGGAUGGCUCCGGUCGUGGAGGUGUCGGACGCCGGGCACUGCCGGGCGCUGCUGCUGGAGCUGAACGAGCAGCGCCUGCGGGGCCAGUUCUGCGACGUCACCAUCAUCGCCGAGGACACCAAAUUCCGCGCCCAUAAAAACGUCCUGGCCGCCUCCAGCCCCUUCUUCAAGCGGGCGCUGGCCCAGGAGCCCACCUGCCCCUCGCCCGCCCAGGUGCUGGAGCUGCCGGGCGUCCAGGCCGGCGUCUUCUCCGACGUCCUCAACUUCAUCUACAACUCGCGCCUGGCCGUGCCGUCGCCGGCGGCCGCGCGGGCGCUGGGGGCCGUGGGCCGGCGCCUGGGCAUCCCCUCGCUGCAGGGGCUGGAGGCCGGGCCCCCGCCGCGGGACAUGAACGGCACCUGGACCCCCCCUCCACCGGCGGGGCCGGCGGGGGACCCCCGCGCGCCCGCGGCCCCCGUGGACCUCACCUGCCCGGCGCGGCCCGGCGAGACGGCGGGCGGCGAGACGGCGCCCACGGGCGGGGACACGGGCACGGCGUCGCCCUCGCCGGUGUCGCCGGCGUCGCCCUCGUCGGCGUCGCUGCGCUGCGGGCUGUGCGGGCGCGGCUUCAGCUCGGCGGCGGCGCUGGGCUUCCACGCCAAGCUGCACCGCGGGCGCCGCGGGCUGUGCUGCCGCCACUGCGGCAAGAGCUUCAUCCACGUCAAGCGCCUGCAGACGCACGAGGUCGCCUGUCGCGACGGGGACGGCGACGACAACAACGCCGCCGACGCCACCGCCGCCGUCACCACCGCCGGCGUCGUCACCGCCGCCACCGCCAGCACCGCCAGCACCGCGGCGGCGCCGAAAGCGGCCAAGAAGGCGCUGCUGCUGCGACACCGCGCGCUGGAGCCGGGCGCGGAGCAGGAGCCGCUGGUGAAGGUGGUGGAUGGGCAGGUGCUGUACCUGUGCGGGGUGUGCCAGCGCUCCUACAUGACCCUGUCCAGCCUCAAGCGCCACGCCAACGUCCACUCGUGGCGCCGCAAGUACCCGUGCCGCUACUGCGACAAGGUGUUCGCGCUGGCCGAGUACCGCACCAAGCACGAGGUGUGGCACACGGGCGAGCGCCGCUACCAGUGCAUCUUCUGCUGGGACACCUUCGUCACCUACUACAACCUCAAGACGCACCAAAAAGCCUUCCACGGCAUCAGCCCGGGGCUCAUCGCCUCCGAGAAGACGCCCAACGGCGGCUACCGGCCCAAGCUCAACGCGCUCAAGCUCUACCGCCUGUUGCCCAUGCGGGCGCACAAGCGGCCCUACAAGACCUACAGCCAGGGCGCGGUGCCCGACGGGGCGCUGCUGCCGCCGGCCGCGCCGGGAGACGCCGCCGGCGCCGCCUAUCCCCCCGCUCCGCGGCCGGAGCCCGCCUCGGUCAUCGCCUACGGCCGCGCCGCGCCGUCGGUCAUCGUGCGCGGCGGCGGCGGCGGCGGCGGCGGCAGCGGCGCGGCCUCGGUCAUCGCCUACAACGGCCGGGCGGGCGAGGAACCGCCGGGGCUGCCCGAGGCGCCGGCGGCCGCGCCGGUGACGCCGGCGGUGCCCAUCAAGAAGCAGGUGCUGCGCGAUUACAUCGAGGCGCAGCGCGCGGCCACGGCCGCGGCCACCGAGGGCAGCGCCGCGGCCGCCGCCCCACAAAACCCCGCCACCAGCGGCGGCGGCUCCGGCGGCGGCCGCACCAUGACCUACGUGGCCAAGCCGGCGUACGCGGGCUCGGCGGCGGGCGAGGGGCUGUGCCAGAUCACCGUGCGCAUCGGCGAGGAGGCCAUCGUCAAGCGCCGCAUCUCCGGCACCGACCUGCGCGGCGACGGCGCCGAGGCGCGGCGCGGGGACAACGACAGCGACGCCGAGGACCGGCUCUGGCGGCCCUACUACUCCUACAAGCCCAAGAGGAAGGCGGCCGGCGGCGUCACCGCCGCGACCCCCGGCGCCGCUCCCGGCGCGACCCCCGCGGCCAAGAAGCCGCGCUGGCGGCGCAAGCUGCGCUCGCUGCGCUGGGCGCCGGGCGACGACGGCGAGGGCGACGCGGCGCCGCGACGCCGCGAGCGGCACCACGCGUGCCGGGUGUGCGGGAAGAGCUUCCCGGCGCUGCGGAAGCUGCGGAAGCACCAGCGGGGACACGAGGGGACAACGGCGGCGGGGACAACGACGGCGGCGGCGGCGGGGACGGGCCGCGUGGGCCGGCGGCCGUCGCUGCGCUUCGCCUGCCCCACCUGCGCCAAGGUGUGCAAGACGGCGGCCGCGCUCAGCCGCCACGCCCAGCGCCACCGCUCGCCACCGGGGUCACCGCCGGGGUCACCGCCGGGGUCAGCACAGGGGUCACCGCCGGGGUCAGCACAGGGGUCACCGCCGGGGUCAGCACCGGGGUCGCCACCGGGGUCACGACCAAGGUCACGGCCGGGGUCGCCACCAGGGUCACGGCCGGGGUCACCGCCGGGGUCACCGCCGGGGUUACCGCGGUCGCCGGCCCCGCCGACGGUCAUCGCCUACACCCCGCCGGCCGCGGGCAGGGAGGAGACCCCGGCGGAUAAAGGGGGGGUCCCGCUGUCCCCCGGGGUGACCGGGCCGGAGCCGCCGCCCGCGGGUGACACCGGCAGCGGCGGCGGGGCUGGGGGGGACGGCCCGGGGGGGUUCCCGGUGCAGGAGCAGCCGCUGGCGCUGCUCUGCCGGGCCGGGGGGGGGGGACCCCGAGCUCGGGGAUGGGGGGACACCCAGGGGGGGUCCCCGCGUCCCUCCGGCCCCCCCCGGGUUCCCGGUGUCCUUCGGGCCCCGCCUGGUGGCCGCCUACCCCUUCCCCUUCCCCCUCCCCCUCGCCCUCGUCCUCCCCGACCCCGAGCGCGGCUUCUUGGCGGGGGGAGGGGCGGGGGCACGGCCCCCCCCAGCUUCGGGUUCCCCGGGGGGGGAGGGGAGCGGCCCCGGAAAGCGGGGGGGGGCACCUGA